CACAUUAUUGAGUAUAAAAUGAGAACCUUUCUCACAAAAUUUUCGUGUAUAAACCAAAUAACUUUUUAGAAGGAACAUGAAAGGGUUCACAGUGCUUGCCCCUGUUUGGUUGUCUCUUUUGAUUGCCCUUCCUUCGGCAUCUGCCCAGCCUUGUCAGUUUUCUUGUGACCAAACAAUUCCAGCCUGCAAUCAACAGCCUACAAACACUCAGCUAUUGACAUGUACCUGUUCGGUUGAUGAAACUGACUUGGGAACUUUUUGUGAAAUAUUUAACAACGUACCAGAUUGCUGUCCCUGUAUAGUUGAAUGUGGCACAACACAGUUGGUGUCUAAUAUGGCCCUCACCUCGUCUCUGAACCCCAGUGCUGCACAGUUCGUAGCAUUCAUUGGAACUAGUGCUCGAAACCAAGCAAACUUCAUUUCUUCUGCGUUCAAAAAGCACCGGUAACUCUUCUGAUAAGGAGACCUCGGAAGACGCCAGCUUUCUACAACUGACAACUGAAAACGACUUUGACAAGACCCUGACUGCAACAUGACGAUGAAUGAACUUCUCUGUCAGCACUUAUAAUGGCUGUAAAAACACAUUGAAUAAACCCGUUAAUAACAUGCAA